UGAGUAUACCGGUAUGCUCUAUGUAACCAUCCACAUGAAGAAGGUUAUAUGUCCAUGGUCAUAACAUAACAAAUGAUGAAUAUCGUUUGAGAUAACGUCUUAUAGGUGUUUGUUGCUGCUUGGGUCGUGAUGAGCGUCCCGUCCAUACUAAGAACAGCUGCUCGAAACUUCCUCCCGCCGGGGAGAGGCUCCAGCCGGCUCCGCUGCCGGGCAUUGUCUUCCUGCAGCAACACAAGAAAAAUGUCUUCCAAAAGACAAAUGGACCAUCUAGAAAAGACUUCUAAAGACUACAGGCAGAAUGCUGUUUAUCCGGCUCAAGUGUGCGGCAUCAUCCAGGAGUCUGACACCGUGAAGCGCCUGAGAAUCUCCGUCCAUCCAGACUUCACCUUCAAGGCAGGGCAGUGGGUGGACUUCUUCAUCCCCGGCGUGGAGAAGGUAGGGGGUUUCUCCAUGUGCUCCUGCCCGGGCCUGCUCCAGAGGGAGGGGGUCAUUGAGCUGGCGGUCAAAAAGGCCCUGCACCCCCCAGCCCACUGGAUCCACACCGCGUGCACGGUGGGCGCCCACGUCGCCAUGCGGGUGGGGGGGAACUUCUUCUUCGACCCGCGGCCCGCCGACCCCCCCGCCGACCUGCUGCUGGUGGCCGGGGGCGUGGGCAUCAACCCGCUCUACUCCGUCCUGCUGCACGCCGCCCACCUCGCGCGGCAGCACCACGCCUCCGGGGGGCGGGACUACCGCAUGGGCUCCGCCCACAUGCUCUACAGCGCCAAGAGUGUGCAGGAGCUGCUGUUCAAGAACACCAUCUUGGAGCUGAGCCGAGAGUUCCCCGGCCAGUUCUCCUGUGACCUGCGCGUCACGGAGCCCUCCCAGGACCCCGCCCGGGACCAGGACAUCCUGCCCGUCACCCGCCGUGGGAGGAUCACGGAGGCGGACCUGCGGGCUCACGUGGACCCCCAGAGGACCCUGUGCUACCUCUGCGGACCCCCGCCAAUGAUCGAAGCCAUCUCCCAGUCCCUCAUAGACCUGGGCCUGCCCAAGGACCGGAUCCUCUUUGAGAAGUGGUGGUAGAACUCAGACCCCCCCCCACACACAGAACUCAGACCCCCAGAAUCCCACUGGGCAGAGAACCCACUGGACACAGCCCUAUACAUCUAUAUUUUAAUUUUUUAAUUUUUAAUUUAAAUCCUGAACGUGAUGUUCUGGCCAAGGAUGCAGCAGUACAACAUGGGUUUACACCUUCAGAUUAUUGCAGGACUGCCACGCCUCUACUGUAAGAACAUUUAUACAUGAAAAUAUAUAAGCAUAUGCUUGCCUGUAUGUGAACAGAGUCCGAACAGAGUAAGCAAGCCUGCAGCUGCUGCACCCUGAUACAUGGAGAGAACACCCAGGGACUUGGCCUUCUUUUCUGGAUUCAGUUGACGGCGUUGCAGGCUGACCAGACUCACAAACACCCCAGCAAGGCAGUGCUUGGCUGAAGACUGAUGCACUUAUUGACCUGCAGUGCAGCAGGGGACCUGCCUUUGAGCCCACAGGACUCUUGAGUGUGGAUUAGAAACGGCCUGGCCCCUUCCUUUUACACUGUGCAACAUGUCUGCCGUUACGUUAGACAAAUAUCUUCAAUCUCUCCUCUAUUUAAAUACCUCAGAAAUGUGAUAUUAUGCAAAAUGUGUUUUUUUUCUUUUUGAUGCAAUCAAAAAAAACGAUAAUGUUGUAUAAUGAUGCCUGUGUACUGUUUUGGUACAGUGAUUUAAAAGACUGAGGAGUAUUUUUAUUUUGUGCAAGUAAAGAUUUUAACAGGGAGGUAAAGCUGCCGGCUUGAGUCUUCUUUAGUCAGAAAAUAACGUAUUCUGUUAGACAAUUACGCCGGAAGGCCAAUUUUUAGAGUGAGAAAAUGAAUUUCUCACUUUAAAAAUGAUUGGCGACCAUCCUCAUCUUGCAACCCCACUCACACGUAUACUGAAACGCAUGUGCACGUUAAAUGCCCAUUCCCUCCUAUUUUUUUCUUCUUCUUCCCAUCACGCUUGUUUGAACGCAAUCACACAUCCCCCCCCCACCUACCCACCCACGCACCUGUACACAGAAAUGGGUUCUCAUUUCAGGUGGGCGCCAGAGUCUCCCAUGGUGCACCGUAAUGGAAGCUCUAGGAGUGCUCUGAUUGGUCAGGAUCAGCGAGCGUCCCUCAGCGAGAUGGGAGCGAUGUUCUCGUUCUCCGCUCUCGCUCGGCGGGGGGGUCAUGUUGAUGGAACUCAUUUUUGAGUUAUCGCUGCAAAUUAUCCUCGCACGCCGGAAUACACUACCCAGAUCUUUAACAUGGAGGCAGAACGGCGGGAGGAAAGGGGGUUGUUUUUUUCCGCCAAGGAUGAUUUAUUUGACACCUGUGCCUCUAUUUAAAGAUGGUACCAUCACACCACUUACACAUAACACAGGUGCUCGGGAAUUAAGCGAUACAAAAAAAGAAUCGGUUUAUAUCUAGUUCAAUCAGCCAACCUAACCUUAGCCGGAAAUCAAUUUAUUACUUCACCGACGCCAAUAAACUCACAUCCACUGUUUCCACAUUUCGUCUGAUUUAGUGUUUUUUCCUUUCUUAAUAAUAUGCUUCACAUAUAAAAAUAUGAUUCCUGUGACAUCAUUACUCCCUUAUGUUUGUACGGUCCUAGAUAAGAAGGUUAAACUACAGGGAUUUGAAGAACAGAAAAGUUAAGGCUUGGGCAGGAAACCUGCUUUACUUUAGUGUGUGGCAUCCAGAUACUCCUCAAAGGAGUGGGAUUUAAAAUUAGCAACAUUGACCCAAAGCGGUGAAACAGUAAUUACCAUAUACAGGGAGCUAAUGGGCUACAACCUCAAAUAAAGGCUCAUGUGCUAACACUCUACGCGGGCCAGAUUUAAGACAUUAGCCACAGCACUACAGAAACAUCAUACUGGCAAUGGCCACAGAUAAUAUAC